AUGAUGGAGUCGUGGACAGCCAAGGCGCUUCUUGCUGGCUAUCAGUGCGUGCUGGCAUGGAUCGGGUACGACCGGCUCUGGAGGGUGCCAGUUCGGAACGGGUCCCUAUUGGCCAUAGGCCGGGUCGCGAAGACGGGCCGCUUCGCCAAUGGCUCGCCGCUGAUCAGGCGCUACACUGGCGUGGCCGCUUUGGAUCGCCGGCUCGCGACUGCUGUCGUCUUCUACACGGACCUCGUCGAUCCAAGCAAUGACAGUGCGGAGCGCAACCGGCUGCUGCUCGUCCAGGUCCACUCGACGAUGCAGGCUACGGCCUUUUGCAUGCUGGCCGCCACCCGCCGCGGGCCGUCGCUGCCGGCCGUGCAGCUCCUCAUUCCUGCCGCAUGGGGCAUGAUCAACCAGUUCUGGGGAGCCGCCUUCGUCUAUCCGUUGUAUCUCGCGAUCGACAGCGGCUCCGCAUUGCUGCCUUUGAACCAAGACGCCGUGCCAGCGCUGCUGCUCUCCGCCUGCAUUGGCGCGCUGAUUCCGCUGGCACUGCUAUACCCAGCCUACGCUCCAUCGUGCUCGGCCGAGCUUCGCCAGCGCUCCAUCGCACUGUACCGCCUCGCACCCAUUGCAUUUGUGGUCAUGCAUCUGGGCCUGGAACAGAUCACGCCUGCAUUCUUCCGAGCCACAUCCGUCCCCCCUGCGGCCCCUUACCUUGCGGCGGGAUUGCUGGCUGCAGCCGCGCACGUGUACAGCGUUUCGGCGGCGCUCGUUCGCGGCGGCCGCAAGCUUCUGGCCCUUGUCUUCUGGCCGGAAGGACCGAGCGCCAAGCGGCCCGCCGCCAUGGUACCUGACGCGGCCCACCUUUUCCUGUGGUAUGACUUGGCAGUCAUUGCUCCGUCGUUUUUCGUCCGCGCUUACACAAUCCUCCUCCCGGUUGCUGCUCCCCUGCUCGGUGUGGAGCCCCUCGCCUUGGCAUUGCUUCUGUUUGCGGCAACUGUGGUGCUUGGGCCUGCUCCUGUUCUCUGUUUUGCUUACGCUGCUCGGACAACGAUUUAUUAA